AUGCAGACAACACCGGCUGUGGAGAAGGUGGUGCAACAGCGCCCGUACGGUCGUGCCCUGGUGGUUGUGGAGGCCACCGACGACGGCCUCGCCUACCGCCGAGUCAGCGUGCAGGACGGAGCGGACCUGUCGCGUGGCGUGGCGGUGAGUUUCGGGCUCUGCCAGGAGCGGCCGCGGGUCCUCUUCGGUUGCAAGGAAGGCUGGUGGUUCUUCCUCCGGCACCAUGCGACGCCGUCGUCGCCCGACGACCCAGCUUCAGCUCCGGCUUCGGCCGAGCCCUUCCUACACCUGGCCGCCGACUCCUCCGCCCUGCGGGCCGAGUGGCGCGACUACUUCGACUCCCUCUCUUCGACAUCGGCGCCUUCGGGCCUCAGGAAAGCCGGCGUGCUGUGGGUGAAGCGGAAAGAGGACAAGGGCUGGGUCCGCCACUUUGUCGUGGCCACCGGGCACUCCCUCGAAUGGCUCGCCAUGGACGGGAAGCUCAAAGAGAUUGCCUACAGGGACAUGGUGCUGGUGGAGGACGAUCUGGCGGAAGGCGCCGAGGCGGCCGGAGUCGAAGACAAGGACCCGGGGCCGCCCCGGUCCGCCUCCUCCCUGGUCGACCCCUUGAAGGGCCCGCUCAGCCGCGGCAAGGCCGCCAUGUGGAAGGACGCGGCGGCCGCGCGGCUGCGACUGUUCGACUUCCACCGCCCGCUGGUGGUCAUGUCCAAGAAGACGAAGCGGAAGCGCACGUUCCUGUUCGAGACCAGCGAGAAGCUCGGCGCGUGGUCGGCUCUCCUCCAGGAGCGCAUCGAUGCCGCUGCGGCCGGCCUGCAGCGUCUCCUCGGCUCCGUCGGCUCGUCAGGCGGUAAAGCGACGCGCAAGGAUCGGGGCAAGAGGUCGGUGUCACCGCCGGCCGGGCUGAAUACCCUGUUUGACUCCACGGUGGAAGAAACACCCGAUCGGACGGCGUUGCGCAACUCGAUCAGGGACGACUGCGAGCGGGCCAAGACCGAGGCUGGAAAGACCCCCUUCGGGCUGCUGUGGGACAUGCACAACCCCGACGACAUUCGGCGAAUCAACGAAAGCAAGAAGGCGGGGCCGCCGGGUUACUAUCGCAUCCUCAGCCUUGAUGGAGGCGGUUUGCGUGCAAUUCUCGAGUGCGUCAUUUUGGAGCGGCUUCUCGAGGUCUACCCCGACUUGAUGGAGAGGGUCGACUUGUUUGCGGGCGUGUCGGGUGGCUCCAUGGUCUGCUGUGGCCUGGCCUGCGGUUACUCGCCAAACUUCAUCCGGUCCUGCUUUGAGCAGCACGGGGACGACAUCGUGCCGCAGCGGGUGGGCUUCAGCGACGACGGAAAGCGCAACCUGGCCGGCAUCGGCGCCAAGGCGCGCUACCCGAAUCACAACUUCCGCAUCGUGGGCACGGAGUUGCUGCAAAACCUGCCGCUAAGGGGCGUGCCCAACAACCUGCUGAUUCCCUCCUUCUUGCUCGACAAUGGCGGAGACGACGCCGAGAGGAGUUGGGAGCCACGGAUUUACCACAACAUUCCGCGCAAGGGCGAUCCCUACGCGCGCCGGUCGCGCCGACCCUCGCCCCAGGCCGAGAAGGAGAAGCACCACUUCGGCCUCUUCUCGUGGCACAGCCGGGAAAGCAUCGAGCGGGCCAACAACAGCAACAAGAAGAAGACCAACAAGAAGACCAAGAAGUCCAUCAAAACGCGCGACAGCGCCACGAACAAUACCGCGGUGAAGAAGGCCGGCGAGAAGCAGCGAUCGCUGAGCGACUGCGAGGAGGAGCUCCGGGAGAGGCCGGCGCCGCUGCCUCCGCUGCGGCGCGGUCUGAGCUCCGACGACAUUCUGUCGACUGCCGACAGCGCCCCCGACGGCGGCCUCGACGCCCACGCGUCGGGCUCGGAGGAAAAGAGGGGAAAAGAAAAGGAAAAGCAGGACAAGACGCGGGUCGGCGUGAAGAAGCUGUGGAAGACGUGGCGCGACGACAGGGACAAGACCACCACGACCACCACGACGACGGCGACGGCCGAGGAGCCGCGCGGCAAGGCCAAAGAGGCGAAGAAGGAAAGCCGCGUGCGCCGCAUGAAGCGACGCGCCCAGCGGAAGUCGGCCGACCACGACGACAAUGACGAGGCGGAAGAGGCCAACGACGAUGUCAACGACAACGACAACACUAUCGGCAGCGAAGAAGCAGAGGAGGAGGCGAGCGUUGACGAUGACGUUCCACCGCCGAUCGCUGAAGAUGUCGACAUGAAGGCGCCGGUGUGGGACUACGUCAUGGCCUCGGCGGCCGCGCCGAUCGUGUUCCCCAGCUUCAAGAAACACAUCGACGCGGGCGUCAUGUGCAACGCGCCGGCCUUGACGGCGGCCGUGACGGUCAUGGGCGCCAACAUGGAGGACCCGCAGAGGGCGGAGGACAUCUGCGUGCUGUCCCUGGGCACGGGUAUGGUCAACAAGUUCAUCGACGGGCUCGAGCACGACUGGGGGUUGCUGGAAUGGCGCACCACGUUCCCCGAGCUCCUGUUCAAAGCCAAGGACUUGCUUUCCGAGCAGAUGUGCGGCCAACUGCUGGGCGAACGGUACCAUCGGGUCAAUCCGUGGCUGAGGAAGAAGGUGGCGAUGGACGACCCCUCGGUCAUUCCGCGACUCGUCGCCAUUGCCCAGAGCGCGGACCUGACGGAGACGCUCGACUGGGUGGCCCGCUAUUUCUACACCGACGAGGAGGUCGAGGAGCGCCGCGCCGCGUGGCUUCUUCGCCGGCAAACCGAACCGGCAGCGGCGGCGGCGCUGUGGACCGACUCAAGCGGCAGCGCGGGCGGAGCAGUGGGGCACGACGCGAAGGGCGACAAGCACUCCGACGAACCCGUAGUGCGUGUGGUGUGGCAUCUGGUGGCCGCCCAAGAAUUCCUGCUGUGCACCUUCACCGACCCGACCACCAGCAAAAAGUAUGAUCUCACCAACCUGGCCAAGCUCUACACCACCAAGGCCUCCGCCACCGACCCCGACCCGGACGGCUGGAAGUACUACGCCUCGCCCUGCCAGUCGGGUAACGCGCCGUGCGUCAGCUCGGUUACCUCCACGGCCGUGUGCCAGCAGGACACCAAGGACGUCCACCCAUUGGGCACAAUCAUCAAGGGCACCACUGUGCGUAAUGGCGUCGAGGGCUUUGUGGUGAAGUUCACGGCGUUGGAUAAUCGCGGGUCGAACGUGAGCUACAUCUGCGACCCUAAGGCCGGCGAGGGCAAGUUGCAGUGGAUCUACAUUCCACAACCUGGUGGCCCCCAGCCCUACAUUUGGCAGUUCGAGUGGCGCACUUCCUACGCCUGCCCGACCGGCGGCGGCGGCGGAGGCAGCUCGGACUCAGGCGGCCUUGCGGGAGGCUGGAUCUUCAUCACCUGGUACCUGUCGGAUUAA